GUCAUUUCAUGUGGCUGAGACUGAGGCCCCUUCUGCAAAGCGAGAAAGAAACAAGACAGGAAAUGGCCUCGUGGACGAAGGCUGCCGAUGAGGGUCAUGAAACGGUAGCCCGGCAUGGCAUGAGUCCUGUUUCUGGGCCUACUUUUCUCGUGCUGCACUCACGAACCACUUUUCUCUCAUCAUGGAGACGCAUAGACAUGAAAUUUUGAGUAGGUCAUUCACGCAAGAGAACUAUUGUUUAUCAUUU